AUGCUUUAUGCUUUACGGUACGAAAGUAACAAGCGAGAGCUAGACAUCUUAAAUAAGCUUGCUGCUAGCAAGGGCGCAAGCGCCGAAACUUUGCAAGUUGUUCAAAAUCUGCUUAAUUAUGCUGGCCCGAGACGAAGGACGGAUGGCUUCGAUCUGUUUUCCUCUGGACGACAAGGCCUAUCUGGAGACAAGGAUGCUUCACUUAUUGCAACCAGUGCAAUGGCUUCCUUGACAAAACGGCUUGUAAAGGGUUUAAAAGGAGUUGAGAAUGUUUAUGCUCAGCACGAGCCCUUGCUAACAGAAAUUAUAAACGAACUAAUCAAGGGUCGCUUACGCGAAUCAAGUUAUCCAUCGAUUGCUUCCUGCAAUCUAACCAGUUCUCAGCAUUCAUCAGUACUUCAACGCCCACCUCGUGAGAUCAUAGUAUUUAUAAUUGGAGGUGCUACCUAUGAAGAAGUAUUAGCAGUUCACAGACUUAAUUCAUUAACACCCGGAGUAAGCAUACUUCUUGGCUCGACUACUAUGCUCAACUCGAGAUCUUUCAUUGAUGAAUUUCGUUGCCAAUCCCCUGAAGAUACUUCUUCACCAUCAUCUGAUCUGUCCCAACAAAUGAAAAGCUUGCCGAUUUCAGAUAUGCCGAAGCAGUCUGCUAUUUCAGGCCGUUUCGGUGGCGCUGUUAAGUAUCAUUUACUUCGCUAA